AUGUUGCUCACUUUGAAACCACCGCUCCUCAACGGCAUUUCCCAUGAGUCCGUGCCUCGGCCUGCCUCUCCUCCCUAUCAGAACCCUCCAUCGGCCGCCUCAACUCCUAGAACCUCUAAAAUCUCGUCCAAGUACACUGCCAGAUACGAACAAAUGACGCCGGCCCCCGCAUCACACGAACACGCCUCAGAAACUGCCCACAGAAACCUUCCUCCGCCCAUGACCAUGUCUCUCCCCACGAUAAACCAGAUGCCGAAUUCCGCGGCCCAGCUACAUCCGUCGCAGUGGCAGCAUUCAGAGGAGUCCUUGCGACUGUGGCUUCCGGUAAAGGUUGAAGAGGAUCGAAGGAAACAGGAGGAAGAGCGAACGCGUCAAGAGAGUCUUAAGUUGGAUCAGCGAAAAAUUGAACAGGCCAUGUUGAGGGACUCAUUACAGGCGGGUGUUCCUCCAUAUAUGAUACCCUUGAUUUUCACUGGUUUAGGCGGUGGAAAUCUGCAGUGUGCGCAACACUAUAUAUCUCAGAUGAGCACAGGGACAUCACGGCCUCCCCAGAUUCCAAUGCAAGCCUACCAGCAACCUGCUCCUCAACAGCAACAAGAAGAAUAUCAUCAGCCACAACAUUCGCGACACGGAUCCCAAACGGCCCCACCUCAGCCGAUCCAGCAUCAUGCUCCAGUUCAAGGGCAACAGGCAGCUUUAGACGUUCCUCGAGAUAAUCGAAUGAUUCCACCUAACCCUUACGCUGCCAACCGCUCCGUCCCUCCCGCGACGGCGAGACCACCUGUGCAGCAAACUCCACCAUCCCCAGCCCAGAGCCCAUAUAUCCGAGUUUCUCAGCCUGGUCAUUCAAACCCUACCCCUGCGGCACUACCAGCCCAACCAAUGACCAUACUCUCCCGUAUCAACUCGGCUGAAAUGCACAUUCAGCAACCCCAAAUGAACCCUGGUGGAAGGCCACCACUGCCAACCAGCUCGCGGACUUCUCACCCUCAACAGAACGCAUCCGUCAAACAGGAAUCGCAACAACACGCCCAGGCCUCCCCCUCUAUCUACUUCCACCAUUGGGUGCCACCUUCUAAUCCCAACACGCCGUCUGGCAAGAGCCCGAACAUCUCUCCUAAUACGGGACAUCCAGCCUCGCAUCUUCGUUCAGAAUAUCAACAUUCUCCGAGAAAAAGAAAGGCCCAGGGAAGUCAUCAACCAGCUCCGCCACCGUCGUCCCACCUAUCUGAAUCGAGUUCUACCGAGUCCUUGCCUAGUGGGCCGAAUCGACCAGGAAGACGUAACACCGGCAACUCACGCCCCGGGAAUUCUUCUUUAUCUCAGAGCAACGACAUGGUAGCUACAAACCACUCUGAUCCGGGCAGACCCGGUGGGCAGAUGAAUGUAAACACAUUAGUUAGCAAUCAUGAAAGGACGACUAGCCGGUCUAGCCAUCGAGACGAACCUAACUCCUCUAGUUCAGAUCACAACCAGCAUGGGCAAAUCAUCAUUCUGGGGCGAUACCGGACAAGUAGAAACUCGCGAGAAAAUUCAAUCGCAACGAAUGGCAGCGUGGGUAAUGAGGCGUCGAGUCACCGCAUAGAGGAGAAUGCUCCGAAGCAGAAUGCCACGGGUCCUCAAAAAGGGCACAGUUCGAACCAUAUAUCCUAUAGCAAUGGAUACCAUCACGAUGUCUCCAACGGGGUUGCUGUUGAUUCAGUCCCUGCCGGUGCACUUCCAGCCCCUGUGAUGGAUGUGAAUCAUCCACCUGGUCCUCAACCAACAAUGGUCCAUCAAAACUAA